AUGGAAUAUUCAUUAUCGGAGUCGCAAUCUAUGGUGGAAGAUUCUAUGGAAUUUAGAACAGAGGGAAAUGUUUUAGAAGAGUUUGGUACUUUACCAACGACAUCUACAAGUAUUCCUACAGAAAUAAUAGAAGACGAAAAACCAUUAGGGCCAUCUGUUUCAGGAACUUUGAAGCCACGUUUUGAGGUUAAAAAAUGGAAUGCAGUAGCACUUUGGGCAUGGGAUAUUAUUGUAGAUAAUUGUGCAAUUUGUCGCAAUCAUAUUAUGGAUUUUUGUAUUGAAUGUCAAGCUAAUCAAGUUGCGCCUAUAAGUGAAGCAUGUACUGUUGCAUGGGGCAUUUGUAAUCAUGCAUUUCAUUUUCAUUGUAUUUCUCGUUGGCUUAAAACUCGUCAAGUUUGUCCACUUGAUAAUAGAGAAUGGGAAUAUCAAAAGUACGGGAGAUAA